AUGGCUGCCGCCUCUGCCCAGCUCAAGGAGCCCGUUAUUCCUUUAUCGUCCUUUAGCCAUGUUGUCACUAUCGCGGUGUCAAAUAACAAUGACGAAGAGAACCAAAUCAAAGCUUCCAAUGAUACAGCUGCUGCCAGAGCUACGGUCCUGGGCCGGACGGAUCUUGAUUCUACCGAUAGACCACGGUCAUCGGCAUCUAUCCCACAGGCAUCUUCGACGCCCCUCGGCGAAAGACCUAUGCAUCAAGCCUUCAUGGGCCAGGCCUUGGACAUGGCUCGUCUGGCUCUGAGAACAAAUGAAACGCCGGUUGGCUGUGUUCUCGUCUACAAUGGUUCUGUCAUCGCAAGAGGCAUGAACGCGACCAAUGUGACACGAAAUGGAACUCGGCAUGCCGAGUUCAUGGCAGUAUCUGCUCUGCUGUCCUAUCGACCCAGGAACAAUGAGGAGGCCGUUGAUACUCAGCUUCGCCAGCAAGCCAGCGAACGGUCCAAGGCAGAUGUGACAGACGACGAAUCUGACUUAUUUCCCAUGGACGAUGACUACGUAAAAAAGGGUCAUCUGUACCCAUAUGGACAGAAGCUCCAUCGCGCCACGCGAGUUGAACGUUCGAUUGUGAGGGAGUGUACUCUCUACGUUACAGUCGAACCUUGUGUCAUGUGCGCCGGUCUCCUUCGACAACUCGGCAUCAAAAAGGUCUACUUUGGUGCCGUCAAUGACAAGUUUGGCGGCACGGGAGGCGUUUUCAGCAUCCACAAGAACUCAACAGAUACGCGCCAGGAUCCCAACCCUGUCACUGUUCUCAGACCCCUCCAGACCCUGACCAACGCCUGCAACUUGCCUCGGCCGGUAAGCUCGUCAUCUGGUAAGAGUUCAUUGAGCAAUGGUCAUCCAACAAGCCAGUGGGGAGACGGCGGCAACGUCGAGCCGGGAUUCGAUGCAGAGGGCGGCUGGGGACGAGACGAAGCUGUUGGCUUGCUCCGACGUUUCUACGUUCAGGAAAAUGGCCGAGCACCUGUCCCCCGCAAGAAAGAAGGACGCGCUGCUAGACUUGCUGCAAUGGAACAGGCUGGAAGCGAUGCCACAGCACCCGUAAAUCCUCAGUCUUCCGACGGCGACGCUGAUGGGCUCAACGAUGCCGGCAAUGACAACACUGCUACUCCCGAGUCGAAUGACGACGUUGCUAACAUUUGA